UUUUUUUUUUUUCUAUUUUUUAUUUGGAUAUAAAAACCCUCCAAGUUCAGAAAAAUCAAAUUCCCCCACAUUUUCAAAUUUCUUUUUUCUUUUAUUAAAUAUGUCUACUGAUAUUCAAGACGUUGAAUCAAAGUAUCAAAUUGCUCAUACUACUCCUCCUCCUGUUAUAGCAACAUCUACCAUUGCUAAUCCAGGUCCUUUAGGUCUUUGUGGUUUCGCUUUAACUACAUUUGUUUUAUCUCUUCAUAAUGCAGGUGCAGGUAUUAAACCAGAUGGUCCUCAUGGUGUCGUUACUGGACUUGCUUUCUUUUAUGGUGGUCUUGUUCAGCUUUUAGCUGGUAUGUGGGAGUUCAAGACAGGAAAUACUUUUGGUGCAACUGCCUUUUCUAGUUAUGGUGGAUUUUGGUUAUCUUUUGGUUUAAUGUUCAUUCCUGGUGCUGCUGUGAAAUCAAGUUAUAAUAAUGACGACGCUCUUUAUGCUAAAUCAGUCGGCUAUUAUUUAUUAGGUUGGACUAUAUUUACUGGUAUCAUGUUGAUUGCUUCUCAUCGUUCUAAUGUCGGUCUUAUCUCUUUGUUCUUCUUUUUGUUUAUUACUUUUAUUAUGUUAACAGCAGGUAAACUGAAUUCAUCAGAACCUUGUACUGUUGCUGGUGGUGCUCUUGGUAUUGUUACGGCGUUUAUUGCCUGGUAUAAUGCUUUAUCAGGUCUAUUAACAAAGCAAUCUUCUUACUUUACUUUACCCAUUGGUCGUAUCAAUUAGAAGUAAUGAUACUUAUUUCUUAUACCAAUCUAUUUCUAUAGUUACAAACUUUUGUAGGAAAACCAAAAAAAAUCAUUUUAUAUAUGAUGAUGGUUUUUUUUUUUUCUUUUUGAACUUUAAUUAUUAUUAUAAUAUUUUUUUAUUUUUUUUUUAAUAAUAUUAUUCCCUUAUUUACUUUCUAAUAAAUUUUUAUAAUUCAUUUAUCCCUAAUAAAUAAUAAUGAUUUUAUUCUAUUCAUGGCUUGUCAUUUCUAUUAUAAAAAUACAAUAAGCUUUUUUUUUACACUAAACUUUCUCUCCU